AUGCACACACGUUUGUCGUACCAGAAGGAACAGAAACGAGCGUCGUUUCCGUUUCCGACUCGGUCCUCGCUAUCGUCGCCCAUCGCCCAUUUGUCCUUGACUUCGACCUUCGACGGUGCUGUCCGGAAAUCGAUCUGCGAGCCUAUCAACGAGGAGGGGCCAACUGACGACCUCGACCUCGAAAUACAUAAACGUCACCACAGGCCCCGUGCUCCUCACCCCACUGGCAGCAUCUUCCCAGUCGGGCCAGUCCCUCUCCUCUCCACCACCACCACCCAGCCGGUCUACAUUAAUCACUCCCAGAUAACCAUGUCAGACUCGCUCAUGCCCCGCAGCGACUCGUUCGCCGCCCGGGUGCGCGGAACCAGCCACAUCGAUUUCAAGACGGCGACGACGGGCGUGGCGGCCAAGGCGAUGCGGAACGAUAUCAGCAACCUCGUCAAGUCGGUGCAGGACCAGGAGACGAAGCGCGCGUUCGACGUCGAGAUGCAGUCCUUUUUCUUCCUUUUCACCCGCUAUCUCGCCGAGCGUGCCCGCAGCCAGGAGCUCGACUGGGAGCGGAUCAAGUCCCCCGCGGAGGACCAGAUCGUGCCGUACGCGAAGCUGCCCGCCGGGGCAGAGGUCCGGAACCUGAACAAGCUCGCGGUGCUCAAGGUCAACGGCGGCCUCGGCACGUCCAUGGGCAUGACCGGGGCGAAGAGCGCGCUCGAGGUCAAGGACGACAUGACCUUCCUCGACCUCACCGUGCGUCAGAUCGAACACCUGAACACGACCCACCGGGUGGACGUUCCCCUGAUUCUGAUGACGUCGUUCAACACACACGAGGACACGUUGCGUAUCAUCAAGAAGUACGCGAACCAGCAGCUGAGGAUUACGACGUUCAACCAGUCGCGGUACCCGCGGAUCUUCAAGGAGACGCUCCUGCCGUGCCCGAAGACGGCGGACGACGAGAAGAAACACUGGUACCCUCCCGGUCACGGUGACCUGUACAACGCAUUGUAUCAGUCUGGGGUACUCGACCAGCUUCUUGCGGAUGGCAAGGAAUAUUUGUUCGUCUCAAACUCGGACAACCUGGGCGCGGUGGUGGAUGAAAAAAUUCUGCAGCACAUGAUCGAUUCGCAGGCGGAGUUUCUGAUGGAGGUAACAGACAAGACCAAGGCGGAUAUCAAGGGCGGUACGCUUAUCGACUACGAUGGGUCGAUCCGUUUGCUCGAGGUUGCGCAGGUCACGUCGGAGCACGUCGAGGACUUCAAAUCUAUUCGAAAGUUCAAGAUUUUCAACACCAAUAACCUGUGGAUUAAUCUUCCUGCCCUCAGGAAGAUUAUGCAGGCGGGCGAGAUGGAGUUGGACAUAAUUGUCAACCCGAAGACGACCGACGAAGGCCAGGCAGUUAUUCAGCUCGAGACUGCUGCGGGUGCUGCGAUUAAGCAUUUCAAGAACGCCCACGGCGUGAACGUUCCCCGUUCGCGUUUCCUACCCGUGAAGAGCUGCUCGGACCUACUUCUCAUCAAGAGUGACAUCUACUCGCUGCAGCACGGUCAGCUCGUCAUCAAUGAGCAGCGCAUGUUCGAGACUACCCCAGUCAUCAAGCUUGGCGACCAUUUCAAGAAAAUCGCGCAGUUUCAGAAGCGGUUCAAGAAGAUCCCCAAGAUUAUCGAGCUGGAUCAUCUCACUGUUACGGGUGAUGUCUACUUCGGGCGGAAUGUCACCCUGCGGGGCACCGUCAUCGUCGUCGCGAAUGAGGGUCAGCGGAUCGAUAUUCCCGACGGGUGCGUGCUGGAAAAUAGGUUGCUAUCGGGCAAUUUGAACAUGAUCGAGCUAUGA